AUGGCCCAUGCCAACCGCGCCAUCAUUGCCAACCCUCGCCCAAACCGUCUGGAAGUGCUCAACUCUACAGAGCUUAGAAAGACUGAGAAGGCACCUCCACCGCUUGAUUAUCGCAACGGUACUUCAAAGUCACUCAAUGCAAGAGAUUCAGGAAAUGGAACGUCUAAAGAUCUUCGCUAUUCCGUUCCUGAGGAACUCAUCAAGGCUGCCCGCCUUCUUUCAGAGAACUGGAAGCCAUCCUCCAACGACCUCGACGGUGGCUACGCAGCCGACGUUCAGCACUUGAAGGACACCUUCUUGUACAAGAACAAUGACACCAAUAUGAUGCCUCCCAUGCUUCAAUACGACUCAGGAUUGAUCAAGCCUGUCCUCGAGCCGCCGUCUGCAUUUCGAUACAGUGAAAAUGAUACUGAUGUCCCUGAACAUGUAGUUGACAAGGACAAGGACCUGUACAAGAGGGCCAGCUCAGACUGGUGGAUGGCUACUAUCUCUCAGAGAGGUUCUAGCCCCUUUGCUCCGUCUGGAUAUCAAGUCUGGCGCGAUGUCAAAGACUUUGGUGCCAAAGGCGAUGGAGUUGCUGACGAUACGGAUGCUAUUAACAAAGCCAUCUCUAGUGGUGGUCGAUGUGGUGGCGGCAAAUGUACAGGAAGCACAAUCUACCCAGCAACUGUAUACUUCCCUCCAGGUACAUACAAAGUCAGUUCUUCUAUCAUCCAGUACUACAACACUGAAAUGAUUGGCAAUCCACUUGACCUUCCGACCAUCAUCGCGGCACCGAGUUUCGUCGGUCUUGGUGUUAUCACUUCCAACAACAACUUUCUUCGGAGUGUCCGCAACUUCAUCAUUGAUGUCCGCCCAACACCUGCAAACGCGCAAGUCUGUGCGAUUCACUGGCAAGUUGCGCAAGGUACUUCACUCGAGAACAUCCACUUUUACAUGACAAAGUUCAAGGAUGAUCCCAAGACAACGCAGCAGGGUAUCUACAUGGAGAACGGUAGCGGUGGCUUCCUUUCCGACUUAUACUUCGUCGGAGGAAAGUUCGGAGCGUACAUGGGCAAUCAACAGUUCACGGCCAGUGGUCUUUACUUCGAAGAGGCCGAGACAGCUAUUCAGAUCCAUUGGGAUUGGGGAUGGACCAUGCAGAACAUUGUCGUUGACAACUGCAACACCGGUCUUACCAUUGUUGGUGGCGCAGGAGGGCCUAUGAGUACUGGUCAGGGAAUCGGCUCUCUUCACUUGACCGACCUACGCUUCCAUUACGUCAAAGUCGCAGUCUCAACCUCUGUCAUGUCCGACAACUCCACCGCUUUGCUACUCAGUAAUUCUGGCUUCUACAACGUCGACACAAUCGUUCAAGACACUUUCAAGAACCAAGUCCUUCUUCGGGGCGGUAAAGGAACUGUGAAUGUCGACACUUGGGGUUUCGGCAGAGUCACCAGCGCCAACGGUACAACGGCCUUCCACAAUGGCGCCAAUCUCGACAGCCCAGUGAGAAACGACUCUCUCGUCACUGGAGGACGAAAGCAGUUCUUCACUAGGCGCCGUCCAAAGUAUGACGACCUAGGCUUCAGUCAGAUUCUCGAUGCGAAGGCGUACGGUGCCAAGGGUGAUGGCAAGACUGAUGACACAGCUGUUCUGAAACACCUCUUUUCGGCUGCCGCCAACAUGUCUGCGAUUGUAUAUGUUCCAUUUGGUGUAUAUAUCAUCACAGACACCGUUGAAAUUCCAGUUGGUUCUCGGGUUAUCGGGCAGGCUUGGCCUCAGAUCAUGGCUACUGGCUCCAAAUUUGCCGACGCCCUCAAGCCUCGUGUCGCUGUUCGUGUAGGCCUUCCAGGCCAGGUCGGUGUUGUCGAGAUCCAAAACAUGAUGAUGACGGUCAAGGGAGCUACGGCUGGUGCCAUCAUGAUGGAGUGGAAUGUACACGAGUCUGGCCAAGGCUCGGCAGGUCUAUGGGAUACCCACUUCAGAGUUGGAGGCGCCGCGGGAACAGAUCUCACAGUCAAGGACUGCCCCAAGCUAUCUGGCAAGGUCAAUCCAAACUGUGUCGCCGCGUCUCUUAUGCUUCACCUGACCCCCGACUCUUCUGGUUAUUUUGAGAACGUCUGGAUGUGGACAGCAGAUCAUGAUUUCGAUACUGCCGACCAGACCCAAGUUGACAUCUACGUUGGUCGAGGGAUGCUCAUCGAGAGCCAGGGUCCAACAUGGCUAUGGGGUACAUCAGUUGAACACUGCAUACUAUACCAAUACCAACUAUCUAGUGCUCAGAAUGUUGUGAUGGGCCUGAUUCAGACCGAAACUCCCUACUUCCAGUCUUUUCCAGAAGCACCGGCGCCUUUCAAACCAGGCGCUUUCCCUAACGAUCCUGAGUUCCACAACUGUACCAAGACCUCCAAGUCUUGUGCUAUGGCCUGGGCUCUACGUAUCAUUGACUCGUCGGCAGUCCACGUUCUGAGUGCCGGUCUUUACUCCUUCUUCAACCGUUACGAUCAGACAUGUCUCAACUCUGGGAGGCACGACUGCCAGGACAAGAUCUUCUAUACGGAGCAGAGCUAUGAUAUCUGGGUUCAGAAUCUCGUCACGCUCGGCAGUAUCGAGAUGGUCAGUCCCCUCAACGGAGUUCCCACGCUGGGCAAGCCAAACAGAAACGGCUUCGCUUCUUCGAUUCUGGCCUGGCUUGGAGGUUCCAAGAAUAUCACCGGCCAGCGUACUUUUGAAGGCUACAGGAUCCAUACUGAGAAGACGCUUGACAUUGAUCGUUUCCCCGAGGCGUGUCAGAAUGCUCUUACAUCUCUUAUACGUUGUGACAACUAUACAGAGGAGUGGACAACGGCUUCAUACCACGGAGUUCUCCCUAGGGAGGUUGACGUCGAGUCUGUUUGCGACAAGGGCUGUGCACAGGCUAUCUCAGAUUGGCGAUCAGCCGUCGAUACCUACUGCGGUAAUGCGACGUGGCAUAAUGGUGCUGGUGCCGGUGUCUUGGGGUCUUUUGUUUCACAAGGUAUCAACGAGACAUGUCAAACAGACAAGACUGGAAAAUACUGCAAUGAUAUCAUCAACAAGUUCACCGUUGUCAACAGUAUCGACAAGAUGCCAACCAACGAACUCUGUUCCGACUGCUACGUCGGUCGACUCAAGAUGAUGCAGGCUAGUCCCUUCUCGUAUUACAACCGAAAUUCUUUCUUUGAGAGUGCUCUGAAGCAAGCAGUGAAGCGUUGCUCACUGUCGAAUCAACCCACCGCCGCCAAAGAUUCGCCUUUCCCCCCAGAGCCUUCCGAGCCCGCCUUCUGUCUCUCUGAAGUCACGUACACCACCAAGGCUGGCGAUACCUGCGACUCUUUAGCCACCAAGUACAGCGUCUCUUCAGCAGCAUUAUUCAUGGGUAACCCCGGUAUUAUCAACUGCACCAACAUCGUCGAAGGGGUUAAUCUGUGUCUACCGCUCCAGUGCAACACCUUUACGCUCGAGAAGGGCGACAGCUGCAUGUCUGUCGCCGCAGUCACAGGACUUGAUCAGGGAGACAUUCGCUCUUUGAACCCUUGGGUCCAUCCACUUUGCAACAAUCUUCAGGACGGCACCGAGACUCUCGGUCGAGUCAUUUGCAUUACACCGCUUGGUGGCAAGUACGAGCACGACGUGAACACCACCAACUCAGACCCGGCAUAUUCUGAGUAUGCUGACAAGGCUGUUUCACCACCCAGUGGAGCGACUCUGGCUGAUAAGACCAUCAAAGACUGUGGCCGAUGGUAUACCGUUCAAAAGGGAGAUACCUGCGCUGUAGUUCUGGUCCAGUAUCACAUCAGUCUUCCCCUCUUUGUACAAGCCAACCCUUCAGUUUCGGAGGGUACUUGUACCACCGAUCUUGUCCCAGGCCGAACUUACUGUGUCGGUCCAACGAAGGGAGCUUUCGCGGCGAAGCCUCAGCCAGUUCCUCCUUUCCAUCGCUUCGGAUGCUUUGCCCGUGCGGCGGACACGACGAAUCGCUCUGUCCUGACUCUAGCCGACGCGCAGCACGUCAAGCCCAUGUCCAUCGUAGCUUGUCAGUCCUACUGUUUGCAACGUGGCUGGACCGUCUGGGGAAUCCAGAACGGCGACUCGUGUUUCUGCGACAAUCAGCUUCGUAUGGAUAGUCAGAUCAUUGACGAUUCCAAAUGCAACAUGCACUGUAACGGUAACACCACAAACGUCUGCGGCGGUAAGGAUGCUAUCGAAGUGUUUGGCGAUCAAGAUAUGUUACGUAUUCAGUACGAGAGUCUUGGUUGCUACUCGUGGAGCAAGCAAGCCAUACGUGGUACCACAGGUGGCGACACUAUAGAGUCUUCUGAUGAGAUGUCUGUCGAUGCGUGCGCAAGUCUGUGCACUGUGACCAAGAAAUCCGACUUCUUUGCUCUCUGGGAGGGCAAUCUCUGCACUUGCGGAAGGGAAAUGACACCAGGAGCUAAGACGACUAGUAUGGAUGAAUGCAAUGUAGCUUGUAGCGGUCAGCUUGGAGAUAUUUGUGGUGGAAAAGGAGUGGCAGAGGUCUUUACAACCAAGACUAAGAAUGUUGUAGCUAGCUAA